AUGACCCCCAGAGGAAUCAGGUUGUGGCUGCCUUCAGCUCUGCUCCUCUCUCAGGUCCCAGGCUGUGUCCCUCUGCAUGGUCCCAGCACUGUGACAGGAACAGUGGGGAAAACGCUGAGUGUGUCGUGUCAGUAUGAGGAGAAAUUCAAGACUAACAAUAAAUACUGGUGCAGAGUGUUAUCUGUGCUACGAUGUAAAGAUAUUGUGAAGACAAGAGGCACAGAAGAAGCCAGGAAUGGCCGAGUGUCCAUCAGGGACCAUCCAGACAACCUCACCUUCACAGUGACCUUGGAGAGCCUCAGCGAGGAGGAUGCAGGCACCUACAUGUGUGGGGUGGAUAUGCCAUUUUUCGAUGGCUUCUUUGAGAUUGAUGACUCCUUAGGGAUCAAUAAGUACUUCAAGGUUGAGUUGUCCAUCGUACCAGGUAAGCCUCCUUCAUGCCAGGGCAGCCUGGUCACAGGUUCGAGCCAGGGGAAAGGUACAGAUAUCCUGGAGUCCCCCACAUCCUCACCUGUGCACACUCAGUCCAAUGUGACCACAGAGGACACAAUUCCUGCUCCCAGCCCAAAGAAUAGGUCUCUUCUGAGCAGCCUCUACUUCUGUGUCCUGGUGUUUCUGGAGCUGCCCCUGUUCCUGAUCAUGCUUGGUGCUGUCCUCUGGGUGAACAGGCCUCAGAGGUGCUCUGGGGGAAGCAGCACUCAGCGCUGUUAUGAGAAUCAGUAA